AGUGAUGUUCAUUCAUUCAUCUCACUGAAUAAGCAAUAAAUUCCUUGACGCCAAGGGCCUCGAGGGGCACAUCUUCAUCUUUGGUUUAUGAGUCCUGAACGACCUGGUACAAGGAAUACUACUAUGAGCCGGCAAGUCAGACCUAUUGGGUAGGGGACCAAAGGAAGCAACAUGUUUUGAUUGCUAAGAAAACAUUUUGUUCUCUAUCCUUUACUGGGCUGGCAGGCAAAGAGAAUGUUCUUAAGAACACUCACAUUGAAAACUUAAGUUUCACUAAAUGCACAGCCUGUGAAGGCCACGCCGCUGGGGACUGCCUCCACAACCCGCCCGUCUCGACUGACCACGAGGUCCUGGCCACAGACGCUGUGGCGGCGCCUCUGCUCGCACGUUCCCGCGGCCUCUGGACUCCCUCCCUCCCUCAAUCCCUCCCUCCGGCGGGCGUCGCUGGCUGGUGGCUGGGCCCAGCUGCAGGAAGCAGACGCGGAUCCUCCGUCCAGCGGCGCCCGGUCGGCCUUCCGUCUGUUCCAGCGCCUGUUCCUGCGCUGCCGCGGCUUUGGAAGAUCUCGCGCCCCCUGCACCUUCCCUGGGAUGAACCGGGGCUUCCCUCUGGAAGCGAGGGUUUGGGCCACCGUGAGCGAGUUCCGGGUGGUGGGCGUGCCCCAGAGGGAGACCGUUUCAGCUGAGAUAGGAUCAGAGUAGCGGAUGAGGCGCCUGUGGGGUGCGGCCCGGGUGCCCCCGGGCGCGGGAUGGAAGAAGGAGUGGGCUCCCCGGGCCUGGUCUGGCCGGCCGGGCCCCAGGCCCAGUGGCGGGAGGGGAUGGGCGGCGCCCAGCUGGGCGUCCUGGCCAGCUUACCUUGCCCUGGCGGCGCGCCCCGCCCAGCACUCGGGAGGAGCUGGGCUGGGCCCGCGGCCUUUGGAUUCCGGGACCGCCCUCUCCCGCUCCCCGGCCAGCGGCGAGCGGCAGAGACGGCUGGAGCCGCAGCGGCAGCAUGAGAGCCGGUGCGGCUUCUCCACGCCUGCGGACGCGUGGCGAGCGGAGGCAGCUCUGCCUGUUCGCGCCAUGAGGGUGCCGUCGGGCUGGCCGGCGGCGGCGGCAGCGGCGGGAGGGCGGCGCGGGUGGCGCCGAGGACGGGGGCUACCGUGGACCGUCUGGGCGCUGGUGGCUGCCGGCUUGACGUGCACCGCGCUGAUCACCUACGCCUGCUGGGGACAGCUGCCGCCGUUGCCCUGGGCGUCACCGACCCCGCCGCCGCCGCCGCCUACCCCUCCGCGGCCGGUGGGCGUGCUGCUGUGGUGGGAGCCCUUCGGGAGGCGCGGCGGCGCUGCGAGGCCGCCCCCCGACUGCCGGCUGCGCUUCAACAUCAGCGGCUGCCGCCUACUAACCGACCGCGCGACCUAUGGAGAAGCUCAGGCCGUGCUCUUCCACCACCGCGACCUCGUGAAGGGACCCCCCGACUGGCCCCCGCCCUGGGGCGUCCAGGCGCGCACUGCGGAGGAGCUGGAGCUGCGCAUGUUGGACUACGAGGAGGCAGCGGCAGCGGCGGCGGCGGCCGAAGCCCUGGCGACCUCCGGCCCCAGGCCCCCGGGGCAGCGCUGGGUUUGGAUGAACUUCGAGUCGCCGUCGCACUCCCCGGGGCUGCGAAGCCUGGCAAGUAACCUCUUCAACUGGACGCUCUCCUACCGGGCGGACUCGGACGUCUUCGUGCCUUAUGGCUACCUCCACCCCAGAAGCCACCCUGGCGAACAGCCGUCAGGCCUGGCCCCUCCGCUGUCCCGGAAACAGGGGCUGGUGGCCUGGGUGGUGAGCCACUGGGACGAGCGCCAGGCCCGGGUCCGCUACUACCACCAGCUGAGCCAGCACGUGGCCGUGGACGUGUUCGGCCGAGGCGGGCCCGGGCAGCCGGUGCCCGAAAGCGGGCUCCUGCACACAGUGGCCCGCUACAAGUUCUACCUGGCUUUCGAGAACUCGCAGCACCUGGAUUAUAUCACCGAGAAGCUCUGGCGCAACGCAUUGCUCGCCGGGGCGGUGCCAGUGGUGCUGGGCCCAGACCGUGCCAACUACGAGCGCUUCAUGCCCCGCGGCGCCUUCAUCCACGUGGACGACUUCCCAAAUGCCUCCUCCCUGGCCACUUACUUGCUUUUCCUUGACCGCAACCCUGCCGUCUAUCUCCGCUACUUCCACUGGCGCCGGAGCUACGCUGUCCACAUCACCUCCUUCUGGGACGAGCCUUGGUGCCGGGUCUGCCAGGCUGUGCAGAGGGCUGGGGACCGGCCCAAAAGCAUACGCAACUUGGCCAGCUGGUUUGAGCGGUGAGGUCACCCUCCCCUGGAAGUGACCCAGGGGAGGCCAAGUUGUCAGCUUUUUGAACCUCUAAUGUGCAUCGUCUUGACUGCUGAAUCAUGGGACUAAGUUCUUCAAACACCCAUUUUUUGCUCUAUGGGAAAAACGCGAUUUACCAAUUAAUAUUAGCACAGAAAUGGGGGCCCAGAUCCAUAUUUUUUGCAGAGCUAGCAGCUGGGCUCCCUUUGUUGUUGAUGGGCAUCAUUGUUUAGGGGUAAAGGAGGGGGCUCUUCCUCACCUUGUAACCAGUGCAGAAAUGAAAUCACUUAGCUGCAAGAAGCAGUUGAAGCGGUUUCUCUGAAUUUCCUCGUCUGCCACAGGCCGUAUUUGUGUCCCGUACAGCCUCUAAAUCUCAUACACACUGUUCCCAACUCACAUUUUUCCGGACCAAGGUGAAGCAAAUCUCUGGUUUUAGAAGGAGGCUUGUUGGUGGCGAGUGGAAGGACUGUGGCUGCUGGGUUUUGUUGUUUAGAUUCCUCACAGCCUCGGCUCCUGAGAAGGGUGAGGAGGGCAGUCCAAGAGGGGCCUCUGACUUGAUUAACAGGUACUGUCUGUUCCCCUGUCCUGUGAAUGGAAGCAAAAUGCUGGAUUGUCCUUGGAGGAGAGUUAAGAUGAAUACACGGGUGUACCUCACUUUACCUAAGAAAUGUAUUCCUGAAAAGCUGCGUUUAAAUCAAGUCCCAAAUUCAUUGACUUAGGGGAGUUCAGUAUUUAAUGAAACCCUAUGGAGAAUCAUCCCUUUACAAUGUGAAUAACCAUUUCCUAAUUUAUUUAUUCUGUCUUUAUGUUUUCCUAUACCCUGGAUUUUUUUUUAAGUAUAUUAAAAUUACAGAUGUGAAAAUAAAGCAGAAGCAACCCUCUUCCCUCUUCCCAGAAAACCAGCCUUUGUUUACAGACAGAAGAAAAGGAAGCCACAGUGUCAUUUUCACAAAAUUAUUUAUUUCAUGUCUUUACUGGACCUGAAAUUUAAACUAGAAUGCCAGUCCUGCAGGGCUGCUGGUACUACCCUCUGCAGAACGGUGAAAGGUACUGCACUACAUUAUGGAAUCAUGUAAAAGGAAAAAAAGUUUCAUGAUGUUUGUAAGUGGCAGUUUUUGUUUAUCUCUGUCAGUUCUUAAAUGUUUAGAUCCUAGGAACUACGUUAGUGCCUACUAUUAACUUACUCUGUCUCUUGUUAAAGGCUAAAUCUGCACUUCUCCCUGAUGCCAGCAGGUUCCCGUUGUAGUCAAUGUAGUAAUAUAGCAUAUCCUCACAUUUCCAGUGCCCUUGAGACUGUGCUAUGGAAUCAAACUUGAACAUACAUGCAUUGACUUGACAAGUUACUGAAUGAGCAGCAUAUUCAGCAGGUGCCACUGCGUGCCUAUUCUGUGCCAAAUACUGAGCUUGGGGCCCUAGGGAGGACAGAGAAUUAUACAAGACAAGGUCCUCCUUGUUAGGGCUCUUACAAUCUAUCACUUCCAAAAAGUAAAUGGUGACGGAUAAAACAAUUGGCAGGGCCUGAUUGAUUACUGUGACAGUCUUAAUGAUGCCAUAAAUCAAUAUUAGAAAGUUAGUUGACUUAAAGCUUGAAAUAAUGUGAGUUUUCUCCUCCACUUAUUAGAAUAAGGACCUUCAGUGACUACUUAUUGUGGGUAAAGUCAAGAUUAACUAGUUUUAUACAGAGUUCUGCUGUAAAUAGUCGUUUGUAUUUGAUUAGUGCAAUUAUCUAAAUCAUAAAGCAAGUUUUACUUCUACAUUUUUUUGCAGACAUACUUGAAAAGCUCACUUAAAUCUAGGUGCUUCAGUUCUCUUCUUGAAAGGAGAAAUGAAAAGCUGUGGAUAAAAUGUCCUCAUUAAAGUAUUAUAGUGUGGGCAGAAUUACAAUUACAAAGUGCCAGCCACUCAAUAAAGAUAAAAGUUCAAUUCUUAAAAUGAGUUUUUAUAAGAUAACAGUCAGUGAUCUUGGUGUUACUGGGAUUCUACAUGGGGCAGUGGGAAAGAGUUCAGGUAUUAAAGAUAACCUAGUUUAGAUUUGAAUGCCAGCUAUGUGACAUUGGGUAAAUUAGUCGUAGCCCUGAGCGUCAGCUUCCUCAUCUGUAAAAUGACUGAGGAAAAUACUUCACAAGCUCAUUUUGAGCAUUUCAGGAAGUAAACGAAGGUACCCAAAAUAGCAGACACCCAAUCAUUGAUUUUAUAUCUUCCUUCUUUGCUUGCAGUGAUUCAAGAUGUCCUCAUUUCUAUUUAUAGGCCUAAAAUUAAAUCUCAAGGUAUUUUGUAGAAUAAAUCUGAAAUAAAAAGGAUGGUGCCUCAUAUUGUGUAUUUCAAAUUAGUCCCUAUAGCUAAGCUAUAUUUCAGGAAUCAUGAUUACCAUUUAGAUUAAGCUUGAACUUGCAAACUAGAAGAAGAACCUAAGCUUUCUUUGAAAAUAAUUUUUUUUUGUUUUGUUUUGGUAAAGCUUUAUAGUUAAAUUAGUAUCUAUUAUUUUACCAAUUUUUUAGUAUUAAGUCCAUUUAAAACUAACCAUAUAUUUAUGGAAUAUUUAGCAUGAGGAAGGUAUAAUUGCAUUUGUUUGUUUGUUUGUUUUUGAGAUGGAGUCUUACA